AUGGACUCCGGCCCGCCCAGACCCAGCCUUCUGGGGGUACUCCUGCUGGCAGUGAAGCUCUCAGCGCUGGUGGUCCAGAACCGGGUGUACGUCUACAAUUUCCUGCUGAUUAAGAUCUUCCUGUUCAACCACUGGCUGUCGGAGCUGAGCCGGGAGGCCCAGGGGCCCAGCGGCCUGCAGGAUCACCCACGGCCUAGGCUCGCUGGCUGUCCUAUGGGCCGGGCCCUCCGGGCAGGGCUGACGCUGAUAGAGUUCCCGGUGUGGCUGCUACUGCAGGGACCUCGCCUGGCGUGGGCUGUCCUGCAGGGCUGUGCCCGGGCCCUGCAUUUGGGCCCCCUGCAGUCCGGUGCCCUGGAUGCAGGAGGCCUGUCCUUAGCCACCUGGACACACACGCUGCUGUCGUGUGUGCACAGCCUCCUGCUGGCGACCGUGGUGCUUGCGCUGCUGGGCUGGCGUCUGUUGCAGAAAGCCCGGGAUUGCAGCCUGGGCCGGUUGUCCUACAAGGCCCUGCUAGAGAACUGCGCGGCGAUGGAGCUGGUGGCCCUGUUGAAGCGCCUGUACCGGUGGGUGGAAAGCAGCAUGGCGCUCACCUCCUGGCACCUGGCCUACCUCGUCACCUGGACCACCUGCCUGGCCUCCCACCUGCUGCAGGCAGCCUUCGAGCAUGCUGCCCAGCUGGCGCAGGCCCAGGAAGCUGAGCUCCAGGACUCAGGGCCCUUAUUCGAGUCCCUGGGCCCCGAGUCCGCGCCAACAGCCGGGGAGCGAGCCUUUGGGACCCCAGGCCCCGACCAGCUGCACAGGCCUGCCGACGGGCGAAGCCCCCUGGGCAGGAACUCGGAGCCCAAACUCCCUCCCUGCCUGCUGACCCCGCCUGACCAGGCAGAGCGGGCAGGCACCCGGACUGUGGCUAUUUCCGGCGGUGGCUACUGCACCUUCAGCCGUGACACCUGUCCCGGCCGGGCCCUGCCGGCUCCUCCACUCUUCCUGCCCCAAGGACGCCCCUCCUUCCCCAGCCCUCUCCCUUGUCCUCACGUCCCCUCUGACCUUCACCCCGAUGUUUCCUCCCCGCUGGGCUCCUACGGGCUCCUGCGCUCCCGUCCCCUCCCGCGCUGGGCCGGCGGCUGGACACAGGCGCCUGCCCGCGCACGCAGCCCCGACAGCGCGAAUGUGGAGUGA